AUGCUCUGGUCAUCGCAGAUGGAAGACGCAUCCGAUUGUUUGAGCAAAGGCCGAGAAUCUCAAGAAGACGGCAUAUUGGCUGCCAGUGCGCGUCUGGCGAAGAUUGCGAUCAGUGCUGCCGAGGUAUCUCGAAGAGCUUCGGGUGAUCCCAGUACAGCAAGAUAUGCUAUGAUAGCUAUUGAUCCUCUUACCCUGGCGCUUAGCAAUUUCCAGAGAUCGCUCGCUCCUGAAUGUCUACAACACUGGCUCAUCAUCGGGCUCACCCAAACAGCCCAGGUUGCCAUUUAUGAACUCGCGCUCUUGAGAUCGUCCACAACUGAGAUGGCAGCGUCGCAACUCGCCUUCGACUCUAAGCGCAUCGGAUACCUUAUGGAACUCUUACAGACAUGUAAAGCCUGUCGAGAUCACGCUUUGGCUGGCGACACUAUGAGUCUGACAGCUCCGUCAAUGCUCAUAUGGUCCUAUUGUUGCAAGAUCUUGUUUCGACUCUCUAGCAUCAAAGGAGUACCUGGCUGGGAUCCAACAAUUGUCCAAUCGACUGUCGACAUCGUGCAGUGCCUAGAGCAACUUGCAGAGAUAGCUGAGCGGGCUAAUUCCGAAUAUAAGGCUCAAACAGGCGAAGAAAGUCUGUUUGCUGCGGCCGCAGAGACACUGAGAGCUAAGGCGCCAAACUGGAAACUCCCUACGAGGGAGCAUGAUGACAUCAUGGACAGCGCAGCGGACGGUUGGAACAGCGGGUUGAUUGGAGAUAUAGGAAUGAUGGACUUUUCGAGCGACUUUUGGAUGCCUAGUGCUUUCAAUCUUUAA